GCUCUUUUAAGAUCCCAGCCUACACAGAUGCUCCAUUUAAAUCAGAUGAAAAGUGCCCUGUGGUUAUUUUCUCCCAUGGUCUUGGUGCUUUCAGGACUUUGUAUUCAGCUAUAUGUGCAGAACUGGCCUCUCAGGGCUUCAUUGUGGCAUCUGUGGAGCACAGUGUAGACACAAGGGGAACGUAUGGAGAUGAGCAGAAAGGCCGUGUGUUGCCUGCCGCUGGUCACGUCGACUGUGGUAUCAGUUUCAGCAACAUAAACGACAUAGAUCAGUCAGCCUCAGCUACGUAUUAUUUUCGCAAGGAGGCCGAAAUAGAACAGUCUGGUUCAACCCAAGACAGUUUGAUAAAAGAAUGGAUGUACUACAGAAGUCUACGGCACGGCGAGAGCGAGUUUCCCCUCAGAAACCAGCAGGUGAAACAACGAGCCGAUGAGUGCAUUCUGGUUCUGGAUAGACUCACGGAGAUCAACUCGGGUGUAGCUGUUCAAAAUGUUUUACAGACACAGUUCGACUGGACAACACUGCAGAACUCCAUGGACCUGUGUCGAAUGGCAGUGAUGGGGCAUUCCUUCGGUGGAGCAACGGCUGUAGAAGCUCUCUGCAAAGAGGUUAAAUUCAAGUGUGGGGUAGCGCUAGACGCCUGGAUGUUCCCUUUAGAUGACAACAUCUUUCCUCAAGUCAAACAGCCGAUUUUCUUUAUUAACUCUGAGAAGUUCCAAUGGGCUGGAAACAUCAGUCGCAUGAAGAAGUUGGAAUCUGCGGUUGUGCAGAGGAAAAUGAUCACCAUCAGAGGUACGGUCCAUCAGAGCUUUCCAGACUUUACCUUCUUGACAAGCAACUGGAUUGGAAAGCUGAUGAAACUGAAAGGAGAGAUUGACCCAAAGCUUGCCAUGGACCUCUCCAACAAAGCAACCUUAGCUUUUUUGCAACGCCACCUUGGUCUGGAGAAGAACUUCAAUCAGUGGGACCCCCUGAUUGACGGGCAGGAUGACAACCUCAUUCAAGGAACUAAUAUAAUUGUACUUCAGUCUGCCAUCUAAACUGCUGCAGUGCCUCAAAUACUCAGGAAUCUCUGCAGCGGUCAAAAAAAAGCCAAGCUGUGUGGGCUUGGCAUUCGCUUUGAAAUGUACUGAGAUAACUAUUUUGGGAGUAACAAUGAGGACAAAAUCCACUCUACCUCAUCGGCAGAAAAAAUAAAGCACCAAGUGUAGUGCUGCUUGUAUUGCAAGACCUAAAUGUUACAGUCAGGCAGUUGAACAUUUACUUUGCCUUUUGGUAAAAUCUGUUUUAAAAGCAGUUACUUAAAGAAUCAUUGUAUUAAAUUUGUGUAUAUUUUAGACAAAUCUAAGCUUUUAGAUCAUUCCCCACCAGAAACAAGCUACUCUCCGAUUGCUGCGUGAUUGUCAUAUUUUAAUAAUCUUAYCAGUGAGCAAUGAAAGGGUAAGAUAAGUUAAGACUUGUUUUAUAAUUAGGAGCCUGGCCAAGAUAAAUAUAGAUUAAUAGAAAGCAUCUAUUCUGAUUUAAAAGACCCUGUCCUACUAUAAUGUUUUAGACAAUAUGCCAACGUAUGACUUUAUUUUAAAAAUGUCAAAAUUACUAAUAAGUUAUGUAUUUAAUCAAUUUGUUAGCAUUAAGUACAUGCCUAAAAGAGGCUUCCAGUUGAUUUUUUUAAUUCCAUCUUUUUCCAUCGUUUGUAAAAUUUUCACAAGUUGUCUAAGGCUACAUGCACACUGCAGGUUUUAAUGCUUAAUUCAGAUUUUUUUUUGGGGGGGUGGGUCCGAUUUUGUGGCAUUCACAUUACAUUUUUUUUCCCAUCAGACUCCAGUGUCAAUGCUCCAUGGCAAUGAUGUGACAUGCAUGCACAGAAAAGAUAUGACAUCACAUUCAGCUCGCCAUUUGUUUACAAAAUUAUCUAGACAUGCUACUUGUAGCAUAUCGAUUCUGACGUCGAUAUUCAUUCAGAGCUGAUUUAAUAAUUAUCUGACAUGUUUAGAUCAGUGUUUAUAUCCGAACCUGCCUCUGACUGUACGCUCCGGUGAAGCACUACUUUUGGAACGAUGUGCUGAAAGUAAAGCAUCAAACCUUAGGAUCGAUACAGUUCGUGACCAAAUUUGGACAUUAUUAUCAUUUGUUUCUGUGAAUUCCCGGUCGACCAGGAUAUGAAAAAUGAAAAGGAAAAAGGGGCAACUGGUCUUCUGUUUUGUAGCUGGAGACAUGUGGAGCUACAGAUUUAAACAGCGUGACUCAAGGUUAGUGUCUUUAUCGAACUUUCACCCMACUUCACUUAUGACAGUCGGAUGUAAUGAGACGUGUUCAAACUGCAGUCACUUUGAAAAAUAUCAGAAAUGUAUCGGAGUCAGUACACCAUACUGAAAAAGCCUGGGUCGGAUUUGAAGAGGAAAAAAAACUUUAAAUCAGAUUUGUCACAUUCAGGCUGUCAUAAAAAAAUUGAAAAAAAAAAUCAGAUAUGGGUUGCAUGGGGCAAAAAAUAAAUAAAAGAAAAAAAGAAAUUGGAUUUGAGGUCGCAUUUGCCUGCGGUGUGAACUUGAGUCUAAAACAUAGUGACAGGGCCUUAACAGGACUGUGUCAGGCAUUAUAAAAUACUAUAAAGCUGUUUGUGCCAUAAACCUGUACGUUGCUUUUUUUUUUUUUUUUUUGCCAAAUCGAAUUUUUUUGCCAGGUCCAAUGUUUAUAAACAUAAAAGGUCUGCAUCUUUCCAUAAUAAAAAUUCAAUAAACCUGGGAUAAAUUUCAUCUGGCAUUCCAACUUUAAAAAUCUGACAGAUCUUGAAGCUACUUUUCAGUGUGGUGUGUGCGUUAAGAAGUAUAGUUUUUUUUUUUUUUUUUGUUGAGGUGUAUAAAGUGAAACUGAUUUAAGUAUCCUCUGGUAUAUUGUUGCCAUGGUUCUCAAACUGUGGUAUCUCUAGUUGUGCUCAGAAGAAAUUUUGGGAUCAACCAUUUACAAGUUGAAUAAGAAUUUACUAUCAUAGGUGCAAUAAAGAAUAUUUUUAAAA